UUAUUUUAUUUUUAGAAAGUAAUAUUUGUAAUGGCUACUGAGCUCCGCCGCAAAUUGGUUAUCGUCGGUGACGGUGCCUGUGGAAAGACAUGCCUGCUCAUUGUCUUCUCCAACGGAACCUUCCCUGAGGUAUAUGUCCCUACAGUGUUUGAGAACUACGUGGCAGACGUCGAGGUUGACGGACGGCAUGUCGAGCUCGCGCUCUGGGAUACUGCUGGACAGGAGGACUACGAUCGUCUUCGCCCCCUCUCGUACCCCGACUCGCAUGUUAUUCUCAUCUGCUUCUCCAUCGACUCGCCGGACUCGCUGGAUAACGUCCAGGAGAAGUGGAUAUCCGAGGUCCUGCACUUCUGCGCCGGCCUGCCCAUCAUCCUUGUCGGAUGCAAGAGGGAUCUGCGUAACGACCCGCGCACCAUCGAGGAGCUGAGCCGGAACAACCUGCAUCCGGUUACUCCUGAGGAGGCCUCUGCUGUCGCGCAGAAGAUUGGAGCUACAAAGUACCUCGAGUGCUCCGCCAAGCACAACGACGGCGUCCGCGAGGUGUUUGAGACGGCGACCCGCGCCGCUCUGCUGGCCAAGACGAAGAAGAAGAAGAAGAGCGGAUGCCUUGUUCUCUAAGCAGAAUUCGGAUACAGUCUGAAAAGGAGUCUUUCGCUGCACACGCCCUGCUCUUUCCGCCCGUCCGC